AAAUCACGUUGUGGUAUGUCCUGAGGAUGAGACUGGACAAAAGUCUGAAAGAGAAAUGCAAGUUUCUUCAUCUUUUUGGCCCAGAGGACUGCUCUGUCUCCAGUAAAACGAAUGCCAUAUGCUCUAUUUGUGUGGGAAGCUGGUGAUUAUUUUACAUAUGCCUGGUUCUUGUAGUUCUAGACAGUUUAUCAGCGUAGCUGAAUCUCUAAGGCCAAAUGGAAGUAGCUCUUUCACUGUGAUAAAAGCUUUUUGCGCUCUCUCUUUCUUUCUCUCUCUCUCUCUCUCUCUCUUUCUUUCUUUCUCUCUCUCUCUCUGCCAUCAUCCUUCUCUUAGUCCCCUGUCCCCGUCCGUCUCACACUCUCUCAUCCAUUUCUCCUGUCUGGCUGAUUAGAUUAGGCUGUUCAUGACUAACCUCAUGCAGCCAGUGUUACAGGAAGUUCUCUUGCCUGUGACUUCCUCUCCGCGGUCCGAGUCUCGGCCUGGCGUUUAACUCUGCCUAAAGCGCUGGUGCCCCAGAGGCUCAGGAUGUGACAUGACUAGUCAAAAUUACAUGUUUGUUUUCUUCGUGUGUUUUUUUCCAGGAUGUAAUUCAUUUUGACUGGUUCUCCUUAGAAAACAGCACCACCCCUCUCCCCCUCCCCAGUAGUCUGUGGUAAGACGGCACAGUUCCCCCGGUAAACAAAGCAAAUGUCUAAUAACAGCUGCUCUUAUCACUAUUGACCACACAUCAAACUAACUGCUGUGCAAACAGACGUUUCAUGGAAAUUCACAAGUGAUCGAUACAGCAAUUGUUCACUAAUUAGGUGCUAAUGAAGCAGCCAUGCCUAACAUAGCUUCAUCAAAAUUGUGGUUAUAUUCUCUUUGUUGGUGAAUAUUUCAUAUAACCAGCUGCCUGGAAGGAUUGAAUUCAGUUCUUAAGAAGGGGAAUGUAGGACGAAAGCUUAUCAGUGGACCUGUUAUGUUAGUAGCCCCUGAAACAGACUGUGAAACAUCUUUCCCCCCCCCACGCAUUUUCCUCUCACCUCAAUUCACACGAUUUCUGCAUCGGCCCUGCUCUGGGUAGGCAGAGAUGUGAUCUAUGCUGUUGAUGCUCUGUUGAGUCCAGGAAGUGGUGAAUCUAGUUUACGUGUGUGUGUGUUUGUGGUGGUGGUGAUGGUGGGGUCUGGUCUGAACAGGAUAUAAGAGAGACGAAUAACGGCUCUGCUGAGCAAAUGGAAAAUUCACACUACGCCGAGGCAGCCGAGAAGAAAGUAGUACCAAGUAGUACAAAGUCUCCCCCAUCGUCGCUCGGGGCUUAUGUGCAAAACCCCUCAUCUUCUUCGGAUCCCAGCGCCUGUCAGGCCUCCUUGCUCAUCCUCUAUGAAAUUUAGAAAGCCCAAUAGUAAUCCCCAAAACCGCCUGACAGCCAGCAGCCAAUGUUAUUGAGUUUCUGCUAGUUCUGUUGUGUGUGCUCUACAUGAGGACACAUUGUGCAAAUACCAUGGGGGACUGCUGAAAAUCCUGCCACCUUCGUGAGUAGGCCUACAUACUUGGGGAAAGAUUUCUGUAUGUGUACAUAUGCCAAAGUUCUUUUUUUUUUUUCUCCAAAGAUCUCCAGUUCAAAACAUGUUUCCAUCAAGAGAGAGCCAACAGCAGAGAUGGUGCGCUGCUGAGCUGGGUUAAAAGAUGGGAGGAGAUCUGGCCCUAAGGAACGGCCCCUGCUAGGAAUCCUUCCUUCCUCCCUCCUCCAUCUCUUCCUCUUCCUCCUCCUCCUCCUCUGCUGCCCGGCAUCUGCCUGCUGGACCCAGCCAUGGCCAACCACAUGGAGCUGCUGAAUGAGCUGCAGCAGCUGGACAAGGUGCCCAGCCUAGAGCGCCUGCGGGCGGCCCAGAAGCGCCGGGCGCAGCAACUCAAGCGCUGGGCCUCCUACGAGAAGGAGAUGCAGAGCAAGAAGCGCAAGGCCGACAAGCAGCGCCGCGGGGGCGGCCUCAGUGCCCUGCACGCCGAAAACCGCAAGCGUGUGUCCUUCUCCGCCAGCGUGGCCCUGCUGGAGGCUUCUGCCAGGAAUGACCCAGACGAAGUGCGAUACCUACUGAAGAAUAACGUCAGCCCUGACCUCUGCAACGAAGACGGCCUCACCGCUUUGCACCAGUGCUGCAUAGAUAACUAUGAGGAGAUGGUGAAGAUCUUGCUGGACCGCGGUGCUAACGUAAACGCCCAGGACAAUGAGCUGUGGACACCAUUACAUGCCGCCGCCACCUGUGGCCAUGCCGGGCUCGUCAAGGUCCUCAUCCACAAUAAAGCAGACCUGCUGGCGGUCAACUCCGACGGUAAUAUGCCCUAUGACCUCUGCGAGGACGAUCCCACCCUAGACAUCAUCGAGACUGCCAUGGCUAACCGAGGCAUCACCCAGGAGAUGAUCAACGGGACACGGGCGUCAGUGGAGAGGAGGAUGCUGGGAGACAUCCAGAGUCUUCUGCGAGACGGCGAGGAUGUGAACCAGCAUGACUCCCAGGGUGCAACGCUGCUCCACAUUGCGGCGGCCAAUGGCUAUGUCCAGGCAGCAGAGCAGCUUCUGGAGGGAGGGGCCCGGACAGACCAGAAGGACUCUGAUGGCUGGCAGCCGCUUCACGCCGCUGCCUGCUGGGGCCAGAUGCAGGUGGCAGAGGUGCUAGUGUCUCAUGGUGCCAGCCUUAAUGCCAGGACCUUCCUGGAUGAAACGCCCAUAGACUUGUGUGAGGAUGACGAGUUUAGGGCCGUUCUGCUGGAUCUGAAGCACAAGCACGACAUCAUCAUGAAGUCCCAGUUGAAGCACAAAACCUCCCUGUGCAGGCGAACAUCCAGUGCAGGCAGCCGUGGGAAGGUAGUGAGGAGGGCCAGUCUGUCUGACCGGCACAACCUGUGCCGCAAGGAGUACGAGACGGAGGCCAUCGUGUGGAGGGGUGGAAGGGAGGAGCAGGUGGAGAGAGAGAAGGAGUCCGACCAGGAAAACAGCCAAUCAACCAAGGCCAGACCACAGAGGCUCUUGAAGGACGGGGGCAAGCAGAACGGCUGCAUCUCCACCACCACCUCCACGCCGGCCCCUCCUCCUUCCAACGGCGAGCCCGCGGCCGGGCCGGACCCGCGGCCUCCGGUGGUGCCGCCUUCGCCCGCCGAGGAGCCCUGGCCCCGGGAGCGCGCCCAGACGCUGUCCGAGCUCAAGAAGCAGCGGUCCGCCGCCAAACUGCUCAGCCACCCACUGCUCAACGGGCACCUGGGCAACGGCUCACCUGGCAACGGCUCACCUGGCAACAGCCCCGAGGACUCCCACAUGCCCCUGGUAUCGUCCAACGGCAGCGCAGUCUACUUCACGCCGGCCAGCGGCGACCCGCCACUCCUCAGGUUCAAGCAACCCUUAGAGGAAGAGGAGUUAAAGGGGAACAGCUGCUGCUGCAUCUCGUAGGUGUGUGUGAGUGUGAGAGGGUGUGUGUGUGUGUGUGUGGAUGUCACACUACAAUCGGAUAGGAGCAGCAACAGCACUGUGCAGGAGCCACUCGACCAGAACAGGAUCCCAGAGAGGAGGAAAGCCAUCCGGCAGCUGGAGACGGAAGCGAGUGCUUUAUUUUCCCCUGUCCUAUAGUUCUACCUUCCUGUGAGUUCACGCUGUUGGAGGCCUCCCCAGUAGGAGCAUGGGGAAACCCUGAAGUAUAUGGAGAAGAGAGAGAGAGAGAGAGAGAGAGAGAGAGAGAAGGAAGGAAGGAAGGAAGGAAGGAAAGAAAGAAAAGAAGGAAAGAGAAGAGGAGAUCCUGAACUGAAGUGGGACACUUUGGCGCUCAAGGUCCUCACUGACAGAGACGGCCUCAGCAGGAUGGGAACCUCACCCAACUCUUCCCUGAACUCUGAACUCUGAACCCUGAGUCAUGCCACUUGAAGGAAACUUUUGCACAAUCUCCAAAAGGGAAGUUCUUCUCCUUGGUGUAAGGUCCUUGUGCAUAUCGUUUUUGUUUUUGCCAAUUUCGAAAACCAUAUUGCAUAUGGUUGUGUAUCCAGUAGCAUCUUCUACAUAUCUCAAGUCAGUGAGGUUAUUCCACAAAGCAAGAUUUUUGAGGGAGCUGGACAGUGGUCAACCCUGCUGAAUUAAUUCUUAAACACUGGUAUGAACAAAGUGACAGUUUUGGGGUUUUACUCAUUUGUUACCUGGCUACGGCAUCUGCUACGUGUAUUCUGCUUUGUGGAACAACUUCAGUUGAUAGCAGUCAAGGAACGGUCAGAAAGAAGGAGACCCUGACUUCAGAUAUUGCCCUCAUUGAAAGUGCUGUGUUGUUUCCAGGAACAAAAGGGAUGUAACCACACAACCACUGUUUUAGCCACGUGUGCUCUUGUCAAAGACAAAAAAAACAAAACA